UCUCAAUAUUGAGCACGCGUAAGCAGUGAAUUAGUGGAGCUUCGUUCUACAUUGACUAAGUUAGCAGCCAGUGGGACUAGAUACCAUCGAAUCAAUGUACUUUCAUGAGAGUCGAAGGCAAUAAACUGCCAACAAGAUGGAAAGUCCCCUGUUAAACUGCAAGUACUAGUGCGCACUCAUAUUGGCCUAAGUUGAAGAGAAGAAAAUGGUAGAGAUAUUUAGCAUGGUGCUCAUGAAAGCCAUCACUUUAUUAACGGAACAUUUUGAUUCCCUUUUCUAUCUCAUCCUCCCCUGGCUGUAGUUCACAAAAGGGUCAAGUCAAGUAUCUUAUUUCGAAACAAUCUCUCGAGUCGAACCUCGAUACCACAUUCUUAAAAAAGAUAUGGCCAUCUCCCGGAAUUCCCUAACCAAUUCGUGCUUAUAAUGACACCACUUACUUGCAAGCAUCCCUAAAUGUGAUGGUAUUCCAAGUGGUUUAUGAAGAUCUUGAAUUAGUCAACCCCUUGCUUUAAGGUUUUGGAUUGAAUGUGUAGUGUCUUUAGCAUUUUAAAUAACCAUACUCCACAUUAAUGAGAUUUUGUUGCACACGUUUAACGGAUUUUUUAUUUACACAACUUAUGAUGCUUGUGGAUUAUGCUGGUUCUGUUUUCCCAAGCAUUGCUCAUUCCCCGUGGAAUGGUGUCCGCUUGGCAGACUUUGUAAUGCCUUUCUUCCUCUUUGUUGUUGGAGUUUCCCUGGCAAUUGUAAAUAAGAUAGUUGUAGACAGAACAAGGGCAACCUUGAAAGUUGUGAUUAGGACAUUGAAACUAUUUCUCCUUGGUGUUUUCCUUCAAGGGGGUUACUUGCAUGGGAUAACUGGUUUGACCUAUGGUGUAGAUAUUAAAAAAAUACGAUGGAUGGGAAUCUUACAGAGGAUAGCUGUUGGAUAUAUUGUAGCAGCUUUGUGUGAGAUAUGGUUUCCAUGUCAAGGGAUGAAAAGAGUCACCCUUCUCAGCAAUUAUAUUUGGCAAUGGUGUAUCGUGUUCCUAUUGUCUGCUAUACAUGGUGGGUUGUUAUAUGGUUUGUAUGUACCUGAUUGGCAAUUCAGAGCAUUGCAGUCUACAGGCAGCAGCAUUUAUGAGGUAAAAUGUUCUGUUAGAGGUGAUCUUGGACCGGCAUGUAAUUCUGCUGGAAUGAUUGAUCGCUAUAUUCUUGGAAUGGAUCACCUCUAUGCAAAACCUGUAUAUAGAAAUAUGAAGGAAUGCUAUGGAUCCAACAAUUCUAGAGCUUCCACGACUACGCCUUCUUGGUGCCAUGCCCCUUUUGAUCCUGAAGGCAUUUUGAGUUCACUAACAGCUGCUGCUGCGUGCAUCAUUGGACUCCAAUACGGUCACAUACUUGUUAAAUUUCAGGAUCAUAAAGAACGGCUAUGCAGUUGGUCUGUCCUCUCACUUUCACUUCUUGUUGUUGGUUUGUUCCUUGCCUUCAUAGGCGUGCCAUUAAACAAGUCGUUAUACACGAUAAGUUAUUUGCUGGUAACCUCAGCUGCUGCUGGAAUCACAUUCUGUUUGUUAUAUGUGCUGGUGGACAUUUAUGGUUGGAGGCGCUUGAUGUUUGUUCUAGAGUGGAUGGGAAAGCAUUCUCUUAGUAUCUUUAUUCUCAUAACAUCAAAUAUAGCUGUGAUUUUAAUUCAAGGAUUUUAUUGGCGAGAUCCACGUAAUAACAUUGUUCGUUGGGUUGUGACAAAGUUCGUACAGAAAUGAUAUCCCGGCUCCAUGAGUUCCCUCACACAAGUUCCCUCGGGCGGAGCUAGCAUAUGGUAGUUAUGAGUUUGGCUGAAAACUUUUGUCCAAACCCAAUAUUUGUCUAAAAGAUUAAUGAAAAAUAUACAAAUUAUUAAUUUAGAACUAAUCAUACUAUAUUAUAAGUGUGAAGACUUUUGGGUAAAGUUAUUUUACUAAAAUAUCCUUCAAAAGCUAAACGACCAUUUUACCCUUCAGUUUAACGAUACUCCUUUCACAUUGUUGAAUAAAAAUGUAAAAAUACAUUAUAAUGGAUAUCAAAGAUAAAAUUGAGCACAUUUAUUGUAUAUACAAGCUUUAGACAUUUAUCUUUAAUGAUAAUAAUCCUACGUUAUCUCUCA